UCUAGGACAAGAGGAGGGGAGGAUCCCCUGGAACGCAGGGGAAGAGGCCCGAAGAGCAGUGCCCGGGCCCGAGCGUCAGGCCGCGCUCCAGCAGGGGGCGCGCCGGGGCAGCCCAGGUGUGCGGUCCGGGCCGGCGGGGGGUGACCUGCGCCCCCGGGGCGUGGAUUCCGCCCAGGAACUCCCGGCCGCACUUAAGGAGCUCGGGCCCGCGUGAGGCGGGAGCGGGGAGGAAGCCCGGCUGCUGCUGACUUCCUCGGACCUGGACCCAGCCCCAGCCCGGCCCCAGCCAGCCCCGACGGCGCCAUGCCGGGCCCGAGCCGGGCCCUGUGGCUGCUCCUGGCUCUGCGCACCGUGCUCGGUGGCGUGGAGGUGCGGUGGUGCGUCAGCUCAGACCCAGAGCAGCAGAAGUGCAGCAACAUGAGCAAGGCCUUCCGGGAAGCGGGCAUCCAGCCCUCCCUCCUCUGCGUCCAGGGCACCUCGCCUGACCACUGCAUCCAGCUCAUCGCAGCCCAGGAGGCCGACGCCAUCACUCUGGAUGGAGGAGCCAUCUAUGAGGCGGGAAAGGAGUAUGGCCUGAAGCCCGUGGUGGGCGAAGUGUAUGAUCAAGAGGUUGGUACCUCCUAUUACGCCGUGGCUGUGGUCAAGAGGAGCUCCCAAGUGACCAUCAACACCCUGAAAGGCGUGAAGUCCUGCCACACGGGCAUCAAUCGCACAGUGGGCUGGAACGUGCCCGUGGGCUACCUGGUGGAGAGCGGCCGCCUCUCGGUGAUGGGCUGCGACGUACUCAAAGCUGUCAGCGACUAUUUUGGGGGCAGCUGCGUCCCGGGGGCAGGAGAGACCCGUUACUCUGAGUCCCUCUGUCACCUCUGCAGGGGUGACAGCUCUGGGGAAGGGGUGUGUGACAAGAGCCCCCUGGAGAGAUACUACGACUACAGCGGGGCCUUCCGGUGCCUGGCGGAAGGGGCAGGGGACGUGGCCUUUGUGAAGCACAGCACGGUACUGGAGAACACGGAUGGGAAGACGCUUCCCUCCUGGGGCCAGGCCCUGCUGUCACAGGACUUCGAGCUGCUGUGCCGGGAUGGCAGCCGGGCUGACGUCACCGAGUGGAGGCAGUGCCAUCUGGCCCGGGUGCCUGCUCACGCCGUGGUGGUCCGGGCCGACACAGAUGGGGGCCUCAUCUUCCGACUGCUCAACGAAGGCCAGCGUCUGUUCAGCCACGAGGGCAGCAGCUUCCAAAUGUUCAGCUCUGAGGCCUAUGGCCAGAAGGAUCUGCUCUUCAAAGACUCCAUGGAGCUUGUGCCCAUCGCCACGCAGACCUACGAGGCGUGGCUGGGCCAGGAGUACCUGCACGCCAUGAAGGGUCUGCUCUGUGACCCCAACCGGCUGCCCCCCUACCUGCGCUGGUGUGUGCUCUCCGCUCCUGAGAUCCAGAAGUGUGGAGACAUGGCCGUGGCCUUUGGCCGGCAGCGGCUCAAGCCGGAGAUCCAGUGCGUGUCAGCCAAGUCCCCCCAGCACUGCAUGGAGCAGAUCCAGGCUGGGCAAAUUGACACUGUGACCCUGAGUGGCGAGGACAUUUACACGGCAGGGAAGACGUACGGCCUGGUUCCUGCAGCUGGGGAGCACUAUGCCUCGGAAGACAGCAGCAACUCGUACUUCGUGGUGGCGGUGGUGAGGCGGGACAGCUCCCAUGCCUUCACCUUGGAUGAGCUUCGGGGCAAGCGCUCCUGCCACGCUGGCUUCGGCAGCCCUGCAGGCUGGGAUAUCCCCAUGGGCGCCCUCAUUCGGAGAGGCUUCAUCCGGCCCAAGGACUGCGACGUCCUCACAGCGGUGAGCGAGUUCUUCAAUGCCAGCUGCGUGCCCGUGAAUAACCCCAAGAACUACCCUUCCUCGCUGUGUGCGCUCUGUGUUGGGGAUGAGCAAGGCCGCAACAAGUGUGUGGGCAACAGCCAGGAGCGGUACUACGGCAACAGCGGCGCCUUCAGAUGCCUGGUGGAGAAUGCGGGCGACGUUGCCUUCGUCAGGCACACGACCGUCUUUGACAACACAAAUGGCCACAAUUCCGAGCCCUGGGCUGCUGAGCUCAGGUCAGAGGACUAUGAACUGCUGUGCCCCAACGGGGCCCGGGCCGAGGUGUCCCAGUUUGCAGCCUGCAACCUGGCACAGAUACCACCCCAUGCCGUCAUGGUCAGGCCAGACACCAACAUCUUCACCGUGUAUGGACUGCUGGACAAGGCCCAGGACCUGUUUGGAGACGACCACAAUAAGAAUGGGUUCAAAAUGUUCGACUCCUCCAACUAUCAUGGCCAAGACCUGCUUUUCAAGGAUGCCACCGUCCGGGCGGUGCCUGUCGGGGAGAAAACCACCUACCGCGACUGGCUGGGGCUGGACUACGUGGCGGCGCUGGAAGGGAUGCUGUCUCAGCAGUGCUCGGGCACAGCGGCCCCGGCGCCCGAGGCGCCCCUGCUCCCGCUGCUGCUGCCGGCCCUCGCCGCCCGCCUGCUCCCGCCCGCCCUCUGAGGCCCGGCCGCCCCGCCGCGCCCCAGAGCUCCCGGAGCUGCGAUUCCCGCCGGGGGAGUUUCCGCGGCGGCUUAGCGCUGGAAUCCAGAAGGAAGCUCGGGAAGGCCCGGCCCGGCGCGGGCGGGAGCAGGCGCCUCCCCGGGAGCCCCGCCGCCCACGGGCGCCACCUGGCGCUGCCACCUGGCGCUGCUACCUGAGGCGCCGCCCCCGGGCCCGCGCGGCCCUUCCCGCCAACCGCCGCCUCCCGCCACCUGGAGCCGCGCGGGCCGAGCCGGAGGAGGCCGGUUGCCCGGGAAACCGCUGAGCCCGGGCUUCCCGCCGCCCGCCCCGCAGAGCCUCCCGAGGGGCCCGCCCGCCUCCUCCGCGCAGCCCUGCGCCCCCGUCCGCGAGGCCCCCUGGGGACGCGGUGGCCACCGAGGCACCUACUCCCGGAGGCUGCAGCCAGGCCCUCCAAGGAGGCCCGGCCCCGGCGCCAACGGGACCCAGCCCGUGGGACAGCGGCCUCUGCUGGCGGUGGAGGGAGGGAGACCGAACAAGGGCGACGGGGAGAAACCCGCCAGGGACCCCUAGAGGCAGGGCGUGCUCGGGGAGAAGCCUUCGCCAGCGGGACCUUGUCCAGGGUGGGGGCUCCGGUUCCUCCGACCGCCCAUGCGCUGGGAGGGAGGCCGGCCCCGGGAACUCUGUGCCCCGCCGCGUCCCCCACUGUGGCCGCGCCAGCUCCAUCCCGGGCCAGCCGUCCACGGAUCCCCCUCCUGCGUCUCCUCAGGCUCUUACCUCCCCUACCCCCAUGGGAUGCCCACUGCCCGCACCGAGCCGCCCUGAAGGGCUGGGCGUGGGGACCUGCCAUUCUUCCGGGUUCCGAACGGGGUGGGGGGUGAGCUCCGGCUCCUGACUCGGCCCUGCAGCUACUGGGCCCGGGACCCCUCACACCCCGUUCCCGCCCCUGCGCGAGGCCGCAGAAAGAGCCUGGCCAGGGCCUCUCUCUACUCCAUUUUGCCACAGUUGUCUGAGAAGCCAAAAAAAGUUUCUAGAACUGCCAGCCCUUAAAAAAAAUGAAAAGGAAGAGAAGAAAUGGGAGCAGGCAGCCCUCGUCAGCAGACUGGGAGCCGCGUGGGCCCGGAGCUAUUUGCAUUCCGGUCUGCGGGGGCUCGGGGAUGCUGGUGACAGGCUUGGUUCCUGGUGGCUCGCCCCCACCUGUGGGCGUCGGGAAGGAUCCCUUCCAUCUCUCAGCAGCAGAGGAGGCCCUGGCAUCGUCCUGGCUGCAGCCGUGCAAUCCCAAGGAGUCCUGGUCACCUUCACGCCGCCGGAAGGGGCUACAAGGACCUGGGCCUCUGCCACCAAGCUUCGUCCCCUCUUGCUGUAGGGAGCCAGUGAUUCUCCUCCGACCUGACGAUUGCUUGUUUUUUUUAAAGGGAGAUUUGAGGGGUGAGAAGUGCGUUUCUGUGUGGCUACUCCGGGCUAGUGUGCUGUGGGUCAUUGAAGGUGUGGCCUGCAUGGGUGCAGUGUAAGUGACGUUGGAUUGUCAGGUGGCAGUAGGGGAGCCCUGCUAUGCCAGUGCCAAUGAAAGGUGUUGGUUUGUUUCUGAAAUAAAGCCAAACAAGCCUGCACAUGCAGAGGCUUGGACCCUGAU